AUGUAUCUUCCUCAAGCUUCACUUUUAUUCUUAAAUACAUUUAUUUUUAUUUGUGGAGAAGUUACACAAGGUAACCGUGUACAUCAUUCUACGGAUUCUCCAUCAGUGAACGUUGUAGAAGGUGUAUCUGAUGCAAAAGAUGGGAGUAAAAGUGAUGAUACUCUUUAUAAGGGAGACUGUGAGGAGUCAUGUGAUGAUAAAAUUAAAAUCACGCGAGAAGAAAAACAUUUUAUGUGUAGAAAUUUGCAAAAUUCUAUUGUUUCCUACACCCGGAGUACCAAAAAGCUGCUAAGAAAUAUGAUGGACGAGCAACAGAGUUCCUUGGAUUAUUUAUCCAAUCAGGUUAACGAGCUCACGAACCGGGUCCUCCUCCUGACCACAGAAGUCCUCCGAAGGCAGCUGGAGCCUUUUCCUCACAGGCCGGUGCAGUCGCAUGGUUUAGAUUGCACGGAUAUUAAAGAUACCAUUGGUUCUGUCACCAAAACCCCAAGUGGUUUGUAUAUAAUCUACCCGGAAGGAUCUAGUUACCCGUUUGAGGUAAUGUGUGAUAUGGAUUACCGAGGAGGUGGAUGGACUGUGAUACAGAAAAGGGUUGUGGGGAUCGUUGAUUUCCAAAGGCUCUGGUGUGAUUAUCUGGACGGAUUUGGUGAUCUAUUAGGCGAAUUUUGGCUAGGACUAAAAAAGAUUUUUUAUAUAGUAAAUCAGAAGAAUACCAGUUUUAUGCUGUAUAUUACAUUGGAAUCGGAAGAUGACACCGUUGCUUAUGCGUCAUAUGAUAACUUUUGGCUAGAAGAUGAAACAAGAUUUUUUAAGAUGCACUUAGGACGGUAUUCAGGAAAUGCUGGCGAUGCCUUCCGGGGCUUCAGAAAAGAAGAAAACCAAAAUGCCAUGCCUUUCAGCACAUCGGACGUGGAUAAUGAUGGCUGUCGCCCCGUGUGCCUGGUCGGGGGUCAGUCCGUGACAAGCUGCAGUCACCUGAGGAACAACACCGGCUGGUGGUUCAGCCAGUGUGGGCGAGCGAACCUGAACGGCAUUCAUCGCUUCCCCGGAAAACCGCUUGCGGCUGGAAUCCAGUGGGGCACCUGGACCAGAAACGACGCACCCGUCAGGAUUAAAUCUGUUUCAAUGAAGAUCAGAAGAACUUACAAGCCUUAUUUUAAGUAA